UCACAAUCCCCAUGCAACGGUGUAGAUCAGCCCAAACAGCAAACACGCUGUUUGCACCAAAACAGCGGAUCCUUCAUUGUCCAAAAAAGGCUCUACCUUCUCCGCUUUGACUUCUCUCUCUCUCUCUCUCUUUCACUCUCAUCUCCGUUCGGAUCCUUGUCUGAAUCCGGAUCCGAAUCCGAUAAGCGCCGGAUCCCUUGCUCCGCCGGAACAUCUUACCGCUUCUCUUCCUCCUCCUCCGAAAACCUAGGGUUUUCCCCUGUAGUGCGCCGGCGGCGAUGAGCUGAGAGUGAUGGGCUGCGUCUUAGGCCGACCGGCGGCGCCGCUUCCUUCGUCCUCAUCGCGGCUUGAUGGCGAUCGCGUCGCCUCCGGAAGCAAGCACCAGGCCUCGCUGUCCAAGAGCGAGACCUCCGUCGACGCCCCUGAUCCCGAGGCUGCCGAGGAGAAGCCGGAGAAACCCCAGGGAGAGCGCCGGAGACGCCCGAGGCCCAAUCCACGUCUGAGUAACCUCACUAAAGGUGUGCACGGCGAGCAGGUCGCCGCCGGCUGGCCCGCCUGGCUCUCCGCUGUCGCUGGCGAGGCUAUCAAUGGCUGGACCCCCCGCCGCGCCGACUCCUUCGAGAAGCUUGACAAGAUCGGGCAAGGGACGUACAGCAACGUGUAUAAAGCUCGUGACACUCUGAGUGGAAAAAUCGUGGCUUUGAAGAAGGUGAGGUUCGAUAACCUGGAGCCGGAGAGUGUGAAGUUCAUGGCAAGAGAGAUCUUGAUUCUUAGAAGGUUGGAUCAUCCCAAUAUUGUGAAACUGGAGGGGUUGGUGACUUCCAGGAUGUCUUGUAGUCUGUACUUGGUUUUUGAGUAUAUGGAGCAUGAUCUUGCUGGUCUUGCUGCCAGUCCUGGUAUCAAAUUCACCGAGCCUCAGGUGAAGUGUUACAUGAAGCAACUAUUGUUGGGGCUCGAGCAUUGCCAUGGUCGAAAUGUGCUUCACCGGGAUAUCAAGGGCUCAAAUCUCCUUCUUGACAAUGGUGGAAUACUCAAGAUUGCAGAUUUUGGGUUGGCUUCUAUGUUUGAUCCUGAUCAUAGACAUCCUAUGACUAGCAGGGUUGUUACCCUGUGGUAUCGGCCCCCAGAGCUUCUGUUAGGCGCUACUUAUUAUGGAGUUGGAGUGGAUCUUUGGAGUGCUGGCUGCAUUUUGACAGAGCUUUUGGCUGGGAAGCCUAUUAUGCCUGGCCGGACUGAGGUGGAACAGCUGCAUAAGAUUUUCAAAUUAUGUGGCUCUCCUUCAGAGGAAUACUGGAAAAAGUCAAAGUUGCCCCAUGCUACAAUAUUCAAGCCACAACAACCAUAUAAGCGAUGCAUACAAGAGACGUUUAAAGACUUCCCACCAUCAUCAUUACCUUUAGUUGAAACUCUUCUUGCAAUUGACCCAGCUGAACGUCAAACUGCUUCUGCUGCUUUAAGGAGUGAAUUCUUUAGAACAGAACCUUUAGCCUGUGAGCCUUCAAGUCUGCCACAAUAUCCUCCAAGCAAAGAGAUGGAUGCUAAACGAAGGGAUGAAGAAGCUAGAAGGCUUAGAGCUGCUGGGGGAAAAGCCCAUCAUGGUGAUGGAACCAAGAAGACACGGACGCGUGAUCGGCCUGCGAAGGCGGUCCCUGCUCCAGAGGCUAAUGCUGAACUCCAAGUAAAUCUUGAUAGAAGACGACUGAUCACACAUGCAAAUGCAAAGUGCAAGAGCGAAAAGUUCCCACCUCCACACCAAGACGGAGCUUUGGGGUUCCCUGUGGGCUCUUCGCAACACAUGGAGCCUCCCGCCUUUGAUCCUCCCGACAUUUCCUCAUUCAGCACAGUAUUCCCUUACCAGAAAGGCGGGCAAGCCUCAACUUGGUCGGGUCCUCUGGUUGAUCCUGCCGCCGUUGUCUAUCCCCGGAAAAAAAAGCGCCCUCCCAAAGAGACUCAGAAAGACAAGAUGAACAUCCGAAUGCGAUAGAACAACACAACAAUCCAGCUGCAUUAUAUCCAAAUUUUUCGUACUAACACGACGUCCAGGAACUCAGUUGAAAUGCCAAGGAGUAUGUCCACCACUGUAUCAACACACAGAAAGAAAUAGAGAGAGAAAGACCGAGCUAUUUAUUAAUUUUUUUUCAGUAUGUUUCACUGUUGUAUGAUUUUUUUUUUUUUUUUCCCGAGCACAUCGCCAUGUAAAUCUUCUCUUCUUUUUCUUGUUUUCACUACCCAAACAAUGACUUUGCUUAGAUUAAAAUCAAAUUAGCUCUCAAGAAACACCAAAAUAAACAGAUUGGAA